UCACAUGUAGAUACGGUAGACCCUUUAAAUACGCAGUCUUCAGCUCACUGGAAGCCUGCACUGAACGAAGUAAGAGAUUGAAGUAUCUAUCUAACGAGCUUAAAGGGGAGCCGAAGAGAGAAAUGCAAAAGAUUUCCAAGGGCAAAUGGUUGAUUAAAACUGAAGCACAGAUAGAGCAUCUCUCAUUCUCUACUCUCACCCACGACCAAGAGAUGUCAAUCAUGGUCUCUGCUCUAAAGCAUGUCCUCUCUGGCGGCAACCACUCAACAACAAUGGCGACGAUGACAAUGGAAUCAUCUUCCAAUGCAACUGCAACAGAAGCAGCAGCAACAGGAGAAGCAGACGGAGUAAUCUUGCUCCCGGAAGCUGACAAGUGCCGCCUCUGCUGGAUUGACGGUUGCCUUGGUUGUGAACUCUUUGAGUUCACGCGAGCAGUAGGAGAUGAUAAUGAAGAGCAGAGGAGGAAUGUGAACGAUGAUAGUGAGAAUAAUAGUAACAGUAAGAGUAAGACGAAGACGAAGACGAAGAGGACGAAGAAGAACAAGUACAGGGGAAUUCGAUUGAGACCUUGGGGCAAAUGGGCCGCAGAGAUUAGGGACCCUCGACGCGCCAUUAGGGUAUGGCUGGGUACCUUCGAUACUGCCGAAGAGGCUGCCAUGGCAUACGAUAGGGCCGCCAUUGAAUUCCGUGGACGCGAUGCAAUCCUAAAUUUCCCCCUCCCUUAUCACACCCAUACCCAGAUCCAGGCCCAGAAUCAAAAUCAAACUGAAACUGAAACUGAAACUGAAAAUAAAAAUGAAAACUUUCCCCCCAAUAUUGACCCUCAACCCCAACAGGAGCUGGAACAGGGCAUGGAGCCACUGCCCGAGAUGCUAAGUGGACAUCCCUUGCCAAGUCAUUUCUACUUGCCGACGGCGGCGGUGGAAAUGGAGAUGGAGAUAGCAGGUGUAGCAACGGAAACCAUUGAACAGAAGACUGGUCCGAGCUCGGAUACAGUGAAAAGGGAAGACGAACCGCUCGAGGAGGAGUGGAUGAAAGUGAAUGCAUUAAUGCAGCAAUUCUGAUUGUGAUGUUAAGGGGAAGAGUCCAGAUCAGGUCCUAACACAUGGACCGUCCUAGUACAAGUGGCACGACACGUAUUCAUAGAAUGACAUAAAUAACACAGAGCCGUCCUUUUAUAUUAUAAUUGUGGGCUCCAUAUUCUUCUC